AUGAAUACUCUGUCUGAAGCAAAUGGCACCUUUGCCAUCCAUCUUUUGAAGAUGCUCUGUCAAAGCAACCCUUCAGAAAAUGUGUGUUAUUCUCCUGUGAGCAUCUCUUCUGCUCUAGCUAUGGUCCUCUUGGGGGCAAAGGGACAAACCGCUGUCCAGAUAUCUCAGGUCCUUAAUUUAAAGCCAGAUGAAGACAUCCAUCAGGGCUUCCAGUUGUUUCUUCAUAAUCUGAAUGAGCCAAAAAGUAACUACUGUCUUAGAAUGACCAACAGGCUCUUUACAGAGAAUUCGUGUGAACUGCUCCCCACUUUUAAGGAGUCCUGUAUUCAGUUCUACCAAUCAGAGAUGGAGCAGCUUUCCUUUGCCAAAGCUGCAGUGGAGUCAGUGAAACACAUAAACAUGUGGGUCUCCAAAUACUUUAAAGGCAAGAUUUCAGAACUGUUGUCAAGUGACUCAGUUAAUUCACAGACCAGACUGAUUCUUGUCAAUGCCUUAUAUUUCCAAGAAAUGUGGCAUCAACACUUUCACAAAAACUUCACUAAGGAGCUGUCUUUUAAAAUGAACAUGAAAGACACAAAAACAGUGAAGAUGAUGGAUCAAAGGAAUAAUCUUCCAUUCGGUUACAUUCCGGACAUGAAGUGCAAGGUGCUGGCAAUGCCUUACCAGGGUGGAGAACUUAGCAUGAUCAUCCUGCUGCCUGAAGACACUGAGGAUGAGUUCAUGGGUCUUAGGAAGAUUGAGCAGAAAUUAACUUUGGAAAAACUUCAUGAAUGGAACAAACAUGAGAACUUGAGAAACAUUGAUGUCCAUGUCAAAUUCCCCUGGUUCAAGAUGGAGGAGAGCUACAUCCUCAACUUCAACCUGUGCUGCCUGGGAGUGCAGGAUCUCUUUAGCAGAGGCAAGGCUGAUCUGUCUGGCAUGUCAGGAUCCAGAGAUCUUUUCAUUUCAAAAAUUGUUCACAAGUCCUUUGUGGAAGUGAAUGAGGAGGGAACAGAGGCAGCUGCUGCCAUGGCAGGUAUUAUUGGAUGCUCCCUGGGACGUGAGAAAGAGUUCACAGUGGACCAUCCAUUUCUUUUCUUUAUUCAGCAUAACCCCACUGCUAAUGUGCUCUUCCUUGGCAGAGUUUGCUUCCCAUAGAAGACAGCGACUUUGGAGAUACAAGGCACAGCUUAGAGUUUCAUUACUUGAGAUUUUAAUGGUGAUUGUUUUCAUUUGUCCUUGACAAUAAAACUACUAUCAGAAAUCAA